AUGUGUAUUGAGUCACAUAUCAUUCCUCGAUCACAUGUGUCAAUCGAUUUGCUUGAUCAUUUAUUAACAUUUAAUCCAACUACACGUAUCACUGUUGAAGAAGCCUUAGCUCAUCCAUAUUUUGAACAUUAUUAUGAUCCAAGUGAUGAGCCUGUUGCUAAAAAACCUUUUAGUUUUGAAGAAGAAUUAGACAAUUUACCAGUUAGACAAUUGAAAAAAAUGAUAUUUCAAGAAGUCAGUCAAUUUCGUGAACCAGAUUGAAAACAAAACAGUUUCUCUAUUAUACCAUUCAUUCAUUAUUCACGCCUAUCUAUAUCAGAUAUAUAC